UCUAAUCCCCACAUUUAUAUCCGGGGAUUUGCUGAUAAACACGAACUUCAACAAUAAUCAUGCUUUUCACCGAAUUCUCCUUCAACUACAUCUCUUUAAAAGCACAUCACAAUCCAAGACUUGCUUCAUCCCUGUUCUGAUCUCCUCUGUGUUUGUCCCCUUCUUAAUUUCCCUCAAACCCAGAAAUAAUCAUGCCAAGCCCAACCAUGCCCAAGAAGAUUCAAAAAUUCUUUCACCAUUGCCUCUCCAAGCUCAAAAACUCUCGUCCCCAGAUCCACCCUGCUGCUUCUUCUUCUUCAUCUCCGAUCAUGCGGAUCCUCUCGGGUUGCAAGCAACCCAAAACCCCUUCGUUUGCCGUCUCCAGAGGAAACGACAACGACGCAGCUAGGCUAUCAGAUGUUGAUCGUUUCCUCUUUGAGAAUUUCAAAUCUCUGUUCCUAGACGACAACGAAAAUACUCCUGAGAAUUAUAACAACAUCUUUACCAAUGAUGGAGUUUCUGAAGAAAAUCGCGGAGGUCCGAUAACAGGACCCCCUCCGCUCCGCCCGAUGUCGCCAGAUCUUCUCGGUGACGUCACUGAGUCUUCGGGUUCUCGGGAGAGCAUCGUCCUAUUGGCGUGGUCGGAGAACCAGUAUGAGGAUUUCCGGCGAUCAAUGAAAGAAAUGGUGGAUUCAAGGUUGAGGAAUCACGAAAGGGUGGAUUGGGGAUUCAUGGAGGAGCUCUUGCUUUGUUACUUGAACCUAAACGAGAAGAAGUCGCACAAGUUUAUACUGAGUGCUUACGUGGACUUGUAUGACUUCCUCUCGUUCAGGUUCAAAUAACACAACAAGAGCUCUUCCAUAAAUCCCCAAUCCACCCUCCCAUAAAUUCUCAGCCUCCGGUCCACCAUUUCUUUCAUCGAUUGCCGGAGAUCUUCAUGCUGGCUCGCCGAGCAUGCCAAGAUGACGAUGUUCUCCCGAGAACCGUAAGUCUCAGUGAGGUCGCCGAGAAUAUCCAGCGAAGUCCGGUCGAACGAAAUCGAUCCUGAUCUCCGAUCUCCCUGAUUUUCUUCAGAAACUCUGUUAGUAAUGCUGCUAGUCGCAGUAGCAUCUUCUUCGUGCAGGAACAGAGACUUGAAGUUGUCGAAGAGGAAGCGAUCAAUAUCCGAUAGCGUAGCUGCGUUGUUUCCCCGUACUAUUGCAAUCGAAUGGGUCUUGGGUUGCCUGCAAUCCGAGAGGAUCCGUGUCAGGGAAGACGAAGGGUGGAUUUGGGGACGAGGGUUUUUAAGCUUGGCGAGACAAUACUGAAGGAAUUUUCGAACCUUCAUUUUCUGGCCAACGAAU